GAGAAGUGUGCUCACAAAGACUCAUAAUUAGCCUCAGAAUGGCAACCUGCCAAAAACCUCUAUGAAUACAACUCAAUCUCCUUCCACAUCUCCUUACCAUUGACAUGGUGGAGGAGUUGCAGGAGGCUUACAUCCUGUGGCCUCACGACGGUCGGUACGACGGCGCUGCUGCCAACCGUGCCAUGGCAUGGCUGGCACAGAGCUCCGAGGAAACCAACUGGUCCAAUCAUUUAUUAAUGAUAUCUUUUCAAUCGAUAAGAAUUUAAAUGAAAUAUAAUGCGAAGUUAUUACUCCUUCUCUGGCUGUCUUCUCCAUUAUCCGACAUGGAUGUCUUCUCCUGGACCUUAAGCUCCUUUUCUUGGCCAUGGAGGAAAGAAGACUUCGAACGAGGGCAUCAGUCAUGCCUUUCUUGUAAGCAUCUCCCACUUGCUCCUUAAGAGUUCCACCAGAAACCUCUCUCCUUCACCAUCCGUAACUCCGAUCGCUAGCACAGUGAAGAGAAAGAUGAGCAUUCUCGUGACCAUGGCGAAGCUUGUCGACACAUUGAUCGGCCCAGCGGUGAUGCUGCUUUAUCCUCUAUUCUCAUCGAUGCUCGCGAUCAAGUAUCCUUCGCCGGUGGAUUACCAGAAGUGGCUGACCUAUUGGGUCCUCUACGCGCUCAUCACACUCUUCGAGCUCUCCUGCUGGAGAGUCUUGCAGCAGUUUACUCUUUGGCCGGAGCUGAAGGUGGUGUUCUGCAUCUGGUUGGUGCUUCCUUGCUUCGACGGAGCUGCCUACAUCCACGAGAACCACCACAUUCGGAGGUACGUCAGGACCGGCGUCGACGUCGGCUCGGCCUACAUGGGGCUGAAGAGGCGAGUGAUGCAGAUGCUGAGCCUCGACGCGAGUAGAUCGGUGGAGCGAUACCUCGACCGACAAGGCGCAGAAGCUCUCGAGAGAGUCGUCAAAGCAGCGGUGAAGGAAGCGCGGCGACAGUCGAGGAAACGAAGAAGAUGAUUGAAGGGGCCACUGAAAGAUUGAAGUAUCAUGUUCGGUGUAAUAUUGUUCUUGCUCAAAAGUGUUGCAUGUUUUGUGUCACUAUUGGAUUGUA